UACAAAACAACUAAGUCUCUUAACCACACCGUUGCUACUCUGCCUCUAUGAUGUCUACUGCUCCACAAAUAUACACCAUUCAAGAAUUGACUGACUCUCAAAAGAAAAUCGUCCUUGAUACGGUGCCCACCUUGGAGCUGGCUGGUGAAACAUUGACUGCCCAGUUCUAUCAGAACAUGUUUGUCGAUUUCCCAGAAGUCAGGCCUUUCUUCAAUCAGACGGACCAGAAGUUCUUGAGACAGCCUCGUAUUUUGGCAUUUGCCUUGUUGAACUACGCCAAGAACAUCGAGAACUUGGAACCCUUGACUGCGUUUGUGAAGCAGAUUGUUAGCAAGCAUGUAGGUUUACAGGUAAAGGCUGAACACUACCCUUGUGUUGGUAACUCAUUGAUUAAGACCAUGAAGGAGUUGCUUGGACCAGAAGUUGCCAACGAAGCCUUUAUUGAUGCAUGGGCAACUGCGUACGGAAACUUGGCUCAAUUGCUCAUUGACAUGGAAGACGCCGAAUAUCAAAAAGCCCCUUGGAGAGGUUUCAGAGAAUUCACUGUAACUAAAAUCCAAGACGAAUGCACCGACGUUAAGUCGAUAUAUUUCAAGCCUACAAAUGAAGGCGACGAGAUUUCCUUGCCAAAGAGAGGUCAAUAUCUUUGCUUCAGGUGGAGCUUGCCAGGAGAAGAGCAAGAAAUAAGUAGAGAAUAUUCUAUCUCUGAGUACCCCUCUGAAAAAGAGUACCGUAUCUCUGUUAGAAAGUUGGAAGGUGGUAAGAUCUCGGGUUACAUCCACAACACUUUAAAGGUUGGAGACUCUCUCAAAGUAGCUCCUCCUUGUGGAAAAUUUGUUUAUGUACCCUCUGAAAAGGAUAUAGUUUUGCUUGUAGGAGGUAUUGGAAUCACCCCCAUUGUAUCUAUCUUGGAAAAAGCUUUACAACUGGGAAGAAACGUUACCAUGCUCUACUCUAACAAAACUGUCGAAUCUAGACCUUUUGGCAACUGGUUAAAGGAAUUGAAGGAGAAGUAUGGAGAAAAGUUUAAGCUUACCGAAUUUUUCUCUAAUGAGAAGAAUGUUACUGCCAAAGAUGUCAUCGAUGCAGUUGAGACUCGUACGUUGGACAGCAGGGACUUGGACCAGAUUUCCAAGGACAGCGACGUCUAUUUAUUGGGACCUCGUGAAUACAUGAAGUACGUUAAGGGGUAUUUGGGGGCUAAGGGUGUCGAAGACAUCAAGUUAGAGUACUUUGGCCCACUCGAGGUUUAGAGAUACAUUUUAUACGUUGAUCAAUAUGGAUCUUGAAUAUACGAUAUGGACUAUGAAUGAGGCACAAAUAAAGAAACAUAGU